UAGCUGGGAGUGUGCUGCUGCCACAAGAAAACUUAUGUGACCUGCCUGUGAAGACAUUUUUAUAGCGGAAGUUUGAGAGUUGAUUUCCCAAGCAGUUUCUGCUUUGUCCAGAAUAUGUUUUUUUAAGAAGUAUGUGUAACUUAUGCAGUCUAAAUGUUUGUGGCUUGGGUUGUUUUUUUUUUUUAAUAAACUCAGAAUAAAUUUCCUUUGAUCUCAGGGAUGAGCUGCCUGGCUGCCUAAUGUACAUAGUGUGAGCCAUUAGAGUUUGUUAUGUGACAGUCACUACACAAGGCAGAAGAGAAUGGUUGGUUUGGUUUUUAAUCUGCUGGAAGAAGACCUUGUUUCUCUCAGCACCCAGAUUUUAUCUGUGUCAUAAAAACGUAUGCUGUUGGAUCACCAUGGCAAGGAGACAGCUCUGCACACACAGGAUUUGCCCCAGGGAAUUGUGGUUGUUUUUUACCUCCCUAUGUGGAAAAAAGCAGUUUUCCUCACCUGCAUGACUUCUUUGCCAGUGAAGAAGACUGAUUUUUCAGGGUUUUUUUUCUGUAUUUUGGCAGUACCUCCUAUGAACUGGUUACUAGUACAUCUUGCAUGGAAGUUGGCCAGAGGCAUAAGAGAUUUUACUCAGCAAUUGGCAGUAGUACUCUUACCUUGUGCAAGGUAAAAAGCCAAGUUUCAUCUGUGUUUUGCUAUGCAUGAGAGGCACGAGUUCAGCUCUUGCUCAGUGAUGAAGAGGUCCCAAAUAACCAUGCAUUUUACUGCCCUGCAAAACAGAGUACACAGGGGUUUUCAGCAUCCUGAGAGGAUUUGCAGAAAAACAGAAAACAUGGAGAAAAUGCGUGCCUUUUGCAAUAAAACAAGAGUGGGAAUGUUUUUGAAUAGUCUUUGUUUUUGUUUUUUUCAGGUUUACACUAUCAACUUGGAAUCUCGCUAUAUACUGGUACAAGGAGUUCCUGCAUUAGGUGUUAUGAAGGAAUUAGUGGAACAAUUUGCAUUAUAUGGUGCCAUUGAGGAAUAUCAUGCUCUAGAUGAAUAUCCUGCAGAGCAGUUUACUGAAGUGUACCUUAUAAAAUUCAAAAAACUGCAAUGUGCAAGGGUAGCCAAGAAAAAAAUGGAUGAACGAAGUUUCUUUGGUAGUUUGCUGCACGUGUGCUAUGCUCCAGAAUUUGAAACAGUCCAAGAAACCAGAGAGAAGUUGCAGGAUAGAAGAAAGUAUAUAGCAAAAGCAACAAAUCAAAGAGAUUGCUUUAUGUUAAAGAAAGUAGAAGGCCCUAAGAAGACAGCCUCAAAUACCUCUGAGCAUGACUGCCCAUGGAGUACAUCAGGAUCAAGUACAGCCAGUAACUGGGAUCCAUCCUGCUUUACAAGUUCUCCUGGGGUACCCCACAACACAGCAUAUCCAGCUGGGAAUCAGAAUCAGAGCCUGUUAACACCUCCACACUAUGAUAACAAUUGUGCUGAAAUUUCUGGGUACUUUGGUCAAAACACAUCUUUAACUCCAAGUGUCCAUCCAGGAGUGUGCACUCCACCAGCUUCCUCAAUGCAGCACAGAAAGGUUCCAGCUUGCAAUGGAAUUGAGAGGUUUAUGCCUCGUACAACUCACCUACAAGAACGUAAGAGGAAGAGAGAAGAAGGUAACAAGUUUUCCCUCAUUGGAACAAGUGAGGACAAUACUGAAGUUGUUAUUGGUCCACAACUACCAGAAAUACCUAAAGUGGAUAUGGAUGAUGAGUCUUUGAAUACUUCAGCUACAUUAAUUCGAAAUAAACUGAAAGAGGUAUGGGUUCUUAAAGCUCUGAUAGUUCAAACAUGGGCGCUUGUUAUACAUAAAAAUAGUGACUAUCUGAUAGCUUUAUUCAGCAUUUACUCAUUAUCACUUUAUCUGCCACUUAAAGCUAGUGCUCUUACUAUUUAACUUCUCCACAAUCUAGAAUAUUGCAGGCAAUUCCACUCCAGACCUCUUACAUUACACUUGAGAAAGUGUAAAUGUCAGUGCAUGUUCUUAUGUGAUUUUUCAUAAACCACUUUUUUUUCCCUUGUGAAAGCAUGAUAAUUUUGCAGGUAGUCCUCCUCACUCCAGUGUGCUACUUGUAUCUGGUUUCUGAAAGGAAAAGAAUGGAGGUCUGAGUUCAAUGUAAUGUUGCUCCAACAUUUCUUAUGCCAUUAAAAGCUGUACAGAAUCAUUAAUUCCAUGCUGAGAAGCACGUGUUAAGCUAUGUACCCUUUUAUGGAGAAUAUUAAUCAAUUAGCAGGUCAGACAUUCCUGAUACAUUUCAUUAAGGUAUGAAAAUGCUCCCUUGACUGACUAGAUUGAUUUGAAAGUGUGUGUCUAAUAAGUAAGCACCCUUUAUAUUAAAUACCUUCCUAAAAUACAUGUCAAAAUGCAAAUUUCUGCUUUUCCUUUGUUUUCUGAAAUACCUGAGUUUAUAAAGCACCUUAAACCUUGCUUAAAAACACCUGGUAGGAAGAAGGGAGAUGACAUAUGUAAUACUGUAUCACUGACUAUCUGAAAUCAGUUUGUGUAGUUAAAUACAAAAAUGGUAGUGCUGAAUCUCCUGAGUUUCACACCUCUUGUGUUUAAUGCUGCCUUUGGUGUUACUUUCUUCCUCUAGUCAGCAGGAAAAUUCAAUACAAGUGUGAUGAUAGUAAUAAAUGGCUCCCAAUACUCAAAUCUUGGAGAUGUGGCCUUACUCUAAAAUGAGCAUUAAAAAAGUAAUGGUUACAGGUUACUAAAUUUUUUUCCCCUCCAAUUUAGGUAGCAGAUUCUGUUUCAACAUCUGUGGAAAAGCCAGAGAGCAGCUCGGCCAAACCAGUUGUAAAGCAGAGAAGACGAAUAUAGAUACUGCUG